UCUCUUCCGUCUCCUCCCCAUCGUCGAUCGUACUGCCAAAAGUAGAAAGUUUCGGCAGGCAUUUAGGAUUGCGGGGAACCCUAAUAUCCAUCGAAUUGGAACGCAUUCUCCGUGGUAUGUCUAUUGGCUGGCGGUGUGGGAUUCCAUCCGUAGCCGUUUCAGCUCAUCAGUAGCUGUAUCUUGCGGCUGGCACAUCUGUGUUGCCUUUCUUGGUGAAAUUUCUCUGAAGGUUUAGCGUUAUUUGGGGCUACAUUGUGUUACAUUCCUAUUUGAGUGAUCUUUUUUCGGAAUUUCUUGUCGUUCUUGGCAUUGAAAAGGUCGGAUUUCCUGCUAGAUAUAUUGCGGUUUGCUGAGCGCAAGAGUUCUUCCGAGAGGGGGACUUUUGUGCCAUUAUUUAAUAACUCAUAUCUCAGAAGCACUCUCAUUGUUGAAGUUUGAUUCAAUCUCGGCUGUGCCAUAGUCUUCGGUAUGCUCCAGGUAUUCUAGCAGCUUUUAAUCUCAGAUUCUCAGUUCAUGUGAAUGCGGUGAGAAAAUGAUUCUAUUUUGUAAAAAGUUGGAGUCUUUCUUGAGGAGGAAUCAUAUUCCUUUGUUGAAGGCAAUUUGAUCUUGCUCUGAACAUGCUUUUGGUUCUUAUCUCCUCUGUGCUUUAGUUCUAGAUGACAGAUGGGAAAGUAAGCUCUCCGGAUACUGGGUUUAUUUAGAUCCUUCCUGUAGUUCAACAAAUCUUGAUUUUGAUAUUGAAUCUCUGUUUCUGAUUGGUGAUUCUUUCUAAAGAACCUUCCAGAUCCAUGGAGUUCAUUCACCAAUACAUGAUUCCCCUAGUGCUUCUCAGGAUGUUAUUCACAAGCCAGUAUGAAGCCCAGUCAACAGGUUCAUCUACAGGUGAAGCGAGAACGUUAGAUACUCUCCUUCAGGACUAUGCUUACCGUGCACUUGUUCAUCCCCACACCGGAAUUGUGUAUGAUGCUACUGUCCCUAGCAAUCUCACUGGCAUCAGGAUUGCAGCAUUAAGGCUUAGAAGUGGGAGCUUGAAAAGGAGAGGAUUUGAUAACUUGAAGGAAUUUGACAUCCCACCUAACAUUGUUGUUCAGCCUUAUGCAGAAAGGUUGGUUCUGGUUUACCAGAAUCUUGGCAAUUGGUCUUCUUUCUACUACCCUCUUCACGGUUAUACCUACUUGACUCCUGUGCUUGGUCUCCUUGCGUAUGAUGCUGCAAAUCUGUCUGCUACUAAUUUGUCUGAAAUAGAUUUUGCAGCUACAAACUUACCUGUAUCUAUUAAUUUCACCAAUGUGAUCUUUCCCGUGCCAAGUGAUUUGACUGCCAAAUGUGUGUGGUUUGGUUUAAAUGGCUCACCAGAUUUCAGAGAUUUGGAGUCUGGUAGUGUGUGCACUGCAUUUCACCAAGGUCACUUCUCCAUUGUGGUUAACUCCAGUGAGAUUGCUCUUCCUCCUGGACCAAGUGAAGGUCCAGGGAUGUCUCUAAAUCCUGUCAAGCCAUGGAAGAUAAUUGUUGCUGUUGUUGGUGGAGUAAUUGCUCUAAUUCUCUUGGCUUCACUCAUAUACCUAAUGCUCAAGUAUAACCAGAAUAAAAAGGUGGCAAAGAUGGAGCAGCAUGCAGAUGCAGGAAUAUCCUUACACACAGCAAGCGUUGGAAAUACACAGGUUCAUGUGGCUUUUGGCACAAGGACCCAACCAGUCCUUGAGAAUGAACUCGUUGCUUAACUACAUGGCGAGGAAAAUGCUUGAUGAGGACUAUCAUUCAAGUAUUUCAAAUGUACAGAAUGAGCGAAAAACCAUCACUGCUGACUGGUCAUGUUGAAAUUAAAUUUCCAUGAUACGGGUUAGGAUCUGCAAUCAGCACUUACAAAGUAGACAUUGUUUUAUCAUAUUUCUUUUUUUAUGUUGAGAUCUUCCACUGUUCUCUAGUCAUCACCUAACAAGACAUUGCCUACUGUCAUGUAAAAGGCCAUAAGCACAAUGAAGAAUAUGGCAGUUCUUGUUA